UGUCCUCGAGCCAUAAUGGAGCUUUUCAAGUGUCUUCUUGGUGUUGUCCUGAUUUGUGGAGUUUCUGCUCAGAAGUAUUGGAUGCAGCCUCAGCAACAGUCAACGGUUCCUCUGCCUGAAGCUCCUUUUGAUAAAUGUGAUGUGGAAGAGGCUCAGAAGGUCCGCUGUGGGAGUCCGGACAUCACAGCUGAACACUGUGAAGCCAUCAGCUGCUGUUUUGAUGGGCACCAGUGUUACUAUGGGAAAACUGUGACUGUGCAGUGUACCAGGGAUGGCCAGUUUGUGGUGGUUGUAGCUAGAGAUUCCACUCUGCCACCCAUUGAUGUGGACUCCAUCAGCUUGAUUGAUGCAGAUCAUGAAGUCUGUGGCCCAGUUGAUGGUACUUCAGCCUUUGUGAUCUUCCAGUUCCCUGUGACAGCAUGUGGCACUAUUCUCAAGGAUGCUGAGGGUUAUGUUGUGUAUGAGAACCACAUGUCGUCUUCAUAUGAAGUAGGCCUUGGACCAAGAGGAUCCAUCACUAGGGACAGCCACUUUGAGCUGCUGUUCCAGUGUAGAUACUCUGGCACAAAUGUGGAGGCUCUUGUGUUGGAGGUCAUCCCUGUUCCUCCACCCCUGCCAGUGGCGGCUGCAGGGCUCCUGAGAGUUGAGCUCCGACUUGGUAAUGGGCAGUGCCACUCCAAGGCAUGUGUGGAAGGUGGGUUUAAACAAUUUCUUAAUUCCCCUCUCCCUUAUAUUUGGAUUUUAAUAUUUGAAUGUUUCUCAGACGUGGCAGGAUACAGCUCCUUCUACAAUGCAGCAGACUACCCAAUCACUAAAGUUCUGCGGGAACCAAUCUAUGUUGAAGUUCGUCUCCUGGAGAGGUCUGACCCAAACAUCAUCCUGAACCUGGAGCACUGCUGGGCCACCUCAACCCCAAGCCCUGACAGCUUGCCACAGUGGGACCUGCUGGUUGAUGGGUGUCCUUACUGGGAUGACCGAUACCAGACUACGAUGAUUCCUGUGGAUGCCUCUUCUGGUCUUGAGUUUCCAACUCACUAUAAACGAUUCAUCAGCAGAAUGUUCACGUUUGUUGCUCCAGAUUCUCUGUCUCCUCAGAAAGACACGGUGUUUAUCCACUGUUCUACAGUUGUCUGCUACCCAAGCAGCACAAACUCCUGUGAACAAUCCUGCCACAGGCAACGACGAGCAGCGGCUAUGAGGGAUCCCUCAACCCAAACAUCCUUGGUCUCAAGUGGGGAAGUGAUCCUAACAAAUGAACCUGAUGAAAUGUUAACACUUGCAGCCACAAAACUUUUUAAAUAAAACUAUUUAAAGGUCAUAA